AUGGUCAUGGCCAACCCCAGCGCCGCUCCUGCCGAGCUCGCCGGCAAAGUCGCCCUAGUCACUGGUGGCAGCCGCGGCAUCGGAUCAGGAAUCGCUCUCGAACUGGCCAAGAAAGGAGCCUCAGUGGCAAUCAACUACGCCAAGGAUCCCGCCUCCGCCGAGAAGAUGGUCCACGAAAUCAAAAGCCUAGGUGUCCACGCCGCCGCUUUCCAAGCUGAUCUGACCAAACUCGAGGCCAUCGAGAACCUGUUCAAAGAAGUCGUUUCUCAUUUCGGUCAAUUGGACAUUGUGGUUUCAAACUCGGGAACUGAGAAGUUUGUCUCGUUGGCCGAUACGACCAUCCAAGACUUUAAUGAUGUCUUUGACUUGAAUACCCGGGCUCAGUUCUUCGUUGCGAAGAACGCAUACGAUCAUAUCCAGCCUGGUGGACGUGUGGUGUUGAUGUCUUCUAUUGCUGCGGGCGUGGGUGUUCCCGGACACUCCCUGUAUGCGGGUAGUAAGAGCGCUGUCGAGGGUUUCACGCGCUGCUUCGCUGCGGACUUUGGCAAGAAGCGCUGCACUGUGAAUGCUAUCGCUCCCGCUGGUGUCAAGAGCGACAUGUGGUUGAAGAACUCGUGGCGGUAUGCCCCGGGUUGUGACCAGAACUCUUCUCUCGAGGAUAUUGAGCAAGCUCUGGCCAAUGGUAGCCCCUUGAAGCGGUGCGGUGUCCCGGCUGAUAUUGGCCGUGUUGUGGCAUUCCUUGCAAGCCCUGCUGGAGAAUGGAUCAACGGACAAAUCAUCCCGCUCAAUGGUGGUGCCAAUAUUUGA